AGCUGCCUUGAAGAUUCGCAACGCGCACAAAAACAGCACAAAAGCGCGCCAGCAACGGUGGCAUGAGCACUGACGGCGGUGAUGGCGACGAUGGUGGUGGUGGCGGCAAGCGAAAGCGCGUGAUCAUGCAUGUAGACCUGGACGCCUUCUAUGCUCAGGUGGAGCAUCACCGCCAUCCCGAGCUGGAUGGAAAGCCACUGGCUGUCCAGCAGUGGAGAGGGUUGAUUGCCAUCGAUUACCUGUGCAAGGCGGCGGGCGUGACGCGGUUCAUGAACAUGGAGGAGGCAAAGCGCGUGUGUCCGGAUAUCCAGUUUGUUCACGUUGACAUUGUUCACGGAAAGGCAUCGCUUGAGCCAUACCGGCGCGCCUCUCGUGACAUCAUGGCCAUCUUUGAACAGUUUGGCGUAUGCGAAAAGGCGGGGAUGGACGAGGCAUAUCUGGACGUGACCAAAGAGGCGGUACGCCGACGAGAGCAGUGCCCCACCUCGAUACAGCAGCUCAUGCAAGCCAAGUACAUCGUUCCUGGCGAGUUUACGUUCAAGGUCUUCUGCAAAGAAGGGGCGACGCACGAUGACCUGUUACUCGGAAGUCUUGCUAGUUCGCGCGUGAUUGGUUUUGCACAUGGCUUGCUCGGUCGUGGAUGGAAGCCAACGAGCGAGGACGACUGGCUACUCGUCGAAGGCGCAGCUGUGGCAGCCGAGCUGCGUGUUGCUGUGUACGAGCGUCUUGGGUAUGUCGUGUCGGCGGGGAUUUCGCACAGCAAACUCAUGGCGAAGGUUGGCAGCGGGCACAACAAACCCGGUCACCAGACCAUCAUCCCUCAUUAUGCUGCACGACCCAUGCUGGCCAAGCUCCCCAUCUCUCGCGUUCCACAACUCCACGGCAAAAUGGGGCGGGCUGUCAAGCUCGCGCUUCAGGAAUCAAGAGGAGAACACUGGCGAUAUCAGGCAUUGAGCUCGCGUGAAGUGCUGGUGGAGGACUGCCUUGGGCUGACGCUGGAGUAUCUUGCGUCGAAACUUGGCCGGGAGGCGGCGACGUGGGUGCACGCGUUUCUGCGCGGCCACGACACGCGCGCUGUCCACCCAAAAGGGCCCCCGCGCUCGCUGCUUGAGGCAAAGAGCACAUCCAAGGCAAUGACAACGUACCCAGCCCUCAGGCAUUGGGUGGGCAAUCUUUGUUUUGGAUUGGCAGAGCGCAUCCUUGAUGAUCACGCACGAAACAACCGCUGGCCAAAGAGCAUUGUUGUUCAGUAUCGAAAGAAGCACACGUAUGGCGAGUUUUCCCGGACGUGUGGGCGCGUGGUUGCAGCCACAAAGGCGGAAGUGCAGACCCAAUACGACGCUUUGGUUGGCGGUGGUGGUCGAAGAGAUGAUGCGCCAGGAUCGCAGCACAAUGGUGAUGGUGAUGAUGGUAACAGUGACAAUAAUGGUGACGGUGAUGGUCACGCUGCGGAGAAAAACAAGAUUGAGGCGGACGAGGAGGUGGACGUGGUGAUGACGAAGGACGGGCAAGCGUGCAGAGGGCCAGCAAACGCCGAAGAUGGCGGCAUGACGCAACAUAGCGACCAUGAGCGAAGAUAUGCAGCAGAGGCUGGCAUCCAACAACAACAACAACAACAACAACAACAACAACAACAACAACAACAACAACAACAACAACAACAACAACAACAACAACAGCCAGAGGGAGGAGAGCGCAGCAGCUCCGAGCGUGGUGCCAAGCACGAUGACCGCCACCACGGGUUUGUGAAGCAUCAGAUUCUUCCAUCGACUGGAAACUCAGAGCAGGACAUGUGGCAGCGAGCAGCCGCAGCCGCGCUCGCGCACAAGGCCUGCCGCCUUGUCAUGGCGACACUGCAGGAUGAAUUUGGCAGCAGGCGAUUUGCCGUCAACCGCCUUGCAGUGUUUGCCAUCUACAACGUUACCCAGACGGACGCAGAGGUCAGGUCUGGAAAGCAGCGGAGGCUGGAUGUGUUUGCCACCCCAGCAGGCACUCGCCACAACACGGCAGCAGCAGGUGCUGAUGUAGAUGACCGCGAGAUAAAUGACAGGUGCACAACGGCGGCAACACACCAGCAUGACCAGGUGCACACGGCUACCACAAGCACAGCCAGGUCGGAGACACCAACUGCAGCAGCAGUGGCACCAACUCGCGGGCCGCUGGACGCAUUCGUGAAGAAAGGAGACAAUGCAAAUGUCAACGGCAAUAGCAACAGCAGCAGGAGUGGAUACGUAAGCGCGCCUGACAUGCAUAUCGACGUGGAGGGUCGUCAUCAGGAUCAGAGGGAGGAGCAGACGCCUCAAUGUGGUGGCGGUGGUGGCGGCGGUGAUGAUGAUGGUGACGAUGGUGAUUGUGACGCCACAACGGAACAGCGACGAAGAAGAAGAAGAACAGGUGGAGAGGAGGAAGACGAGAAGAAGACGAAGAAGAAGAGCAAGAGAGGGACAAUUGCGGACAUGAUGAAGAAAGCGGCAGCACAUUCAUUGCGAGUCGAACACACCCGCCACGACAGCAGCAGCGUGGUUGUAGACGUAGUGAGCGGACAUACUGCUGCCAGGACAACCGCUGGAGUGGCUGACACGAGUGCAACACGGCGCAGCGGGUACGGCGCUGGCGGUGAUGACAGGGAUGAUGGCCGUGGUGGUGCUGUUGCUGCUGCACAUACUGGGGACAAGAAGCAGGGUGCAAGUGCCACUGCUGUCGCUGCUGUCGCUUCCGACGACGACGACGACGACGAUGAUGAUGAUGAUGAUGAUGAUGAUGUGGUGGAGACCACGGUGUGUCCUGUGUGCGGCAGCUCCGUUCCUGUGCGGACCGCUGAUGCCCACGUCAACGCCCACUUUGAGCAGCACGAGCCAGCAAAGCCUGCAGCCAAGAAGGCCAAAACCACAACAGCAGCUACAGCAGCAGCGAGCUCACAGUCUGGGAAGAAGAAGAGAGGCGUCACAACAGCCGUCAGCACGAAACGGCGGCCCAUCUCCUCCUUCUUCGCUGUAGACCGACAGGGCAAGCCGUGA